AUGCCAGGUUGUGCUGUCUCUGGAAAUGCUAUGACAGCUGCUGUUUAUGGUGGUGGAAGGUCUAAGGAUCUGGCGCUUCUAUUGGGUGAGAUGCAUCGUACUGCUUUAUCAAACACGAUGAGUACUGGAAAGGUUGAUGCGAGAACGCUGUCGGAGAGUUACGAUGAAUUAGGAAAUCGAUACCAGCUUCCCCUUUUCGUUCUUUCCCAACCUACCAACCUGGAACCCGACCCCAGCGGGGUAGGAAGCUCCGGUGAUCAGAUUCUUCCCUCUUCUUACGCCUCUACCGUUCCCACCGGUGCCACCUCCGCCACACGCCUCGACGUCACAGGCGAUGACGAAGACGAUGAGGGCGUAACUGUUGUCAGCCUCCUCUCGCCUCACGCUCCUACAACUUCCACCACGCCUAUUGUCACCGCUUCUGCUGUUCCCACUGAGGCAUUAUCCGCUUCCCCCUCCUCCUCCUCCAGGAGUGCAUUCCACCCCUUUCGUCGGCUUUUUCACCCCCAUCGACGGAGGGCGCACUCAUCGAGCAAAAAGAUGCGUCGAAAAUACGGCGGUCGAUGCUCCUCCCGCUCUGCUCUCCUCUCUUCUCCCUCUAUCACCCCAUUAUCCUCCACUUCUGCAGCCUCGCGACCUUUCGACCUUCGAAUGCGUCUCUCCACUGGUGAUGAGUACUCCCUACCUGUAACAAGCAACCAGUCGGUGCUGGAGGCGAAGCGGCGUCUUGCUACGCUGAUUGGCUGGCCGCCCGAUCGACAGCGGUGGUAUUGCGGUGGAGUGGCGCUGCGCGAUGCACUCCGCAUCGCCGACUGCCCUCCGAGCAUAGCUCCGCCCUUAAGCUUCGUGGUACAGGUGGUAGUUCAUUCGCCUUUAGAGCCGGAGUCUACGUGGGCUCACCAAAAUCGGGCGCAAGGUAAAGCGGACGUCGUUGGAGCUAUCAUCCUCUUAAGGGGUGGAUUCUAUCCCAGCGUUCCAACUUACUACUACUCUGUAUUUUCCGAUCAAAAUACCACCGUUUCUCCAGUUGAUUAUAACAUCUACGCGUCAACGUUUUGUGCAAAGCAGUUGAUCUCGAAGUUGUCGAAUCCCAUGCUUUCGCGAUAUAUGGCAUUUCUAGAGCGUGCUGUGUCGGUUCCUCUCUCUCCCGCCGACAAGAUCGCUUCCCACGGGUCUAGCUUUUGCGAAUCUCGCACAUUCGCUGGCGAUUCUAUGGUUCACUCUCUGGUGCGUGCUUUUGCGGUGGCCAAUCAGGUGGCCACUGCCUACGCGAAUCUUGCCGCCAGUCUCGAAGGAGCUGAUGUGCGCCUUUUUACCGCUCCUAAUACUGCGCAGUCACGGCUGGAGGCUCUUGCCAUAUACACCGCUUUACUGACCACUUGGGCGGGCAAUGACGAGACUCGAUUUAGGAAAUACUUCAAGGAAAGUGAUUGGUUCCGCUUUCCAGUUAUAUUUCUUCAUUUUGCAUUGAAUUUCACGCUGUCUGCAACUAAUAUAGUGAGGGAAGGAAAAUAUCGUCGACACUAUAGUUGGCUGGAGGAACGAGAAAAUCCACGAUUUUGUGUACCCACAGAUACAUCCUCCUGCACUUGUCCACGUCUACUGUUGGUGCACUCGAUUGCUCAACUUCGUCGCAACGCUCUCAUGGCCAGUCUGCGCAAAGAGGCGGCCAGCAUACACUCAGCGCUGCCACCUCUUCCCUACACACCUCUCUCUAUCGAGGCUACCAACCCAUACCACCCGAACUGGCCACAUCAGAUGCUAGCACUGCUCUCAGAGGCGCUCUGUGACCGAUCUGUACCGCUCCCAUCCACAAACGAACAGAUAGCAUCGAUAUGUCACCACCAUUCGGAUCAAAAGCAGGAAGGUUGUGUCCCAGAGGCACUGGUGCAACGGCUCUGGAAGAUAACUUCAGCUCAGCAAGAGUAUGCCAAACUUUCCUCUUAUCCGUUUCUGCGAAUAGUUGAACAGGAACUGGUCAAAGUCUCGACGAAAAACAACACGUAA